AUGGCUUCCGCUAGUUCUUCAUCACCUGGUGUUCUUGUUUUUACAGGUGUAAAUUACCAGAGUUGUGUGGUAAAAAUGAAAUCAUACCUCAAGUCCCUGGGUUUAUGGAAUGCUGUAAUCAUAGGAAGAGAUCCUCCACCACUUCGAGCAAAUCCCAUCGUUGCUCAAAUCAAGCAAUAUGAAGAGGAGUUACUCAAGAAAGACAAGGCUCUCACAUGCCUUUAUGCUGCAUUAGCUGAUAAUCUGAAAGAAGAAAACGAAGGCAGUGAAAGAGUGAAAACAGUGAGAUUACUCUCUUUGAAAAGAGAGUUUGAAAAUCUAAAGAUGAAGGAAAGUGAGGCUGUCAAGGAGUAUUCUUCAAAAGUGAUGGAGCUGGUAAACCAGAUGAGGUUAUUCGGUGAAGUGAUUGAAGAGUAUAAGAUUGUUGAGAAAGUCUUGAUUAGUUUACCUGAAAAAUUUGAGGUUAAUGUGUCAGCCAUUGAAGAGUCUUGUGACCUUAAGAAGUUGGCAGUAGCUGAGUUAAUCAGUAAACUUCAAGUCCAAGAACAAAGGGCUUCCAUGAGAUUCAAAAAUCAAUCUGAAGGAGCAUUUCAUGUCAGGCAUGUUGCGAAAUCCACUUCUGCAGAUGGAAAGAAAGGAUCCGGUGAUAGAAAAGAGAGUUCAAAGUUUGGAAAAGGCAAAUUUCCAUAUUGUAUUCAUUACAAGAAAACAAAUCACCAUGAGAGCAAGUGCUGGAAGAAGGCGCAAUGCAAGAUUUGCAACAGAAUUGGCCAUAUUGAUAGAUUUUGCAAGCAAUGA